CAUUCAAAAAACACGCAUUGUCCUCGUUUUAUGGUGAAAUAGCUCAACACCGUACUCCAAGGAACGUAACAUUAUGGUGAAGGUAGAAGAAAGUAAAUUAAUUGCAAUCGGCGAGGUUUUAAACAACCGUGAACGACCGUUAAAAGAGCGGUUUCGAGCAUUAUUCACGUUGCGAAACAUUGGUGGCGAACAUGCGCUCGAGUCCAUCGGCCGGUGUUUCGAUGAUGAGUCGGCACUGCUCAAACACGAGCUGGCGUACUGUCUGGGACAGAUGCAGGAUGUUAGAGCGAUUCCCAUGUUGACGAAAGUGCUUGCGGACGUGCAACAAGAACCAAUGGUAAGGCACGAGGCAGCCGAAGCUCUCGGUGCCAUCGGGGACAGUUCUGUUGAGCAAACGCUGGUCAGCUUCAGUAAGGAUCCUGUAGUUGAAGUAGCGGAAACAUGCGAAAUCGCAUUGGAACGUGUACGAUGGUUGAAACAAAAGCAAGAACAGUCGCUGAAGGACGAAAACCCGUAUGCCUCGGUAGAUCCGACACCACCGGCCGCUUCUAAGAGUGUUGAGGAGCUCCAGCGAAUCCUGAUGGAUGAAUCGGAUUCCCUUUUCAAUCGAUAUCGUGCCAUGUUUGCACUACGUAAUUUGCGCACAGAAGAAGCGACUCUUGCAUUGGCCACGGGAUUGAAGGGCAAAAGUGCACUGUUCAGGCACGAGGUUGCGUUCGUGUUGGGACAACUGCAGGAAGAGUGUAGCGUGCCGUUUUUGAUAGAAAAUUUGCGCGAUCCGGCCGAAAACGAAAUGGUGCGGCAUGAGUGUGCGGAAGCGCUCGGAGCCAUCGCAACCGAGGAGUGUACACGUGUGCUGAACGAGUAUCUGCAGGAUGAAAAGCGCGUGGUAAAGGAAAGCUGCGAAGUAGCGCUGGAUAUGUGCGAGUAUGAAAACAGUCCCGAAUUCCAGUACGCUGACACGCUGGUGAAGGUAGUAAACGAUGGAUAAUAAGCGAAGGUGUGUCUUACAAAUGUGUAAAUACAAAUCGGACAACAAACAGAA